UCCCUCGCUGGUGUUUUUGUUCUGGAGGAGAAAGGCCACAGGAUGUAGCUGCUCAAAGGCAGUAGAAGUGGCUUCCUGCUGCGGGAAAUGAUCAAAAAAAUCAGACAAGCCCCUUAUGGAGGGAUGAAGUAUGUAUGCUGACUCUCACGGGUCCUUGCACACUGAGCUCAGUCUCCAUCACAGGCAUUUAAGAGUCAACACAAGCACUGCAAUGACAGCUGGAGAGGUUAGGGCUCGGCAGUGAGAACAGUUAAUGUUCAAAUCUUCAAAUGUCUUUCACAUGGGAACCUCAUAGAAAUCAUGUUUAUGAACCUGACAAAUGGAAGUUGCCACAUUCCUCUGGAGACAGAUCGUGUUGGUCUAACCUACAUCUACAGCCUGGCCUUCUCUCUGGGGCUCCCGGCAAAUCUGCUUUCACUGUGGGGACUUUACCAACUUGGCCGCUCAAGCGGAGCUGGAACUCAGCUGGUUUAUAUCCUCAACCUCCUUCUGUCAGAUCUCCUUCAGUUGCUCACCUUGCCUUUGUGGAUCCUCUACUUACAGAGAGCACAUCACUGGCCCUACGGUUCCAUCACCUGUCAGCUGGUGGGCUAUGUCUUCUACGUGAACGUCUAUGCAAGCAUUGCCUUUCUCUGUCUCAUAGCACUGGACCGAUGUCUGGCCAUUGUGUACCCACUGAGCAGCCGCAGUGUGAGGAAGGUACGGCUGUCUGCAUUCUCUGGAGUGGUUGUCUGGACUCUUGUGUUCCUCUUCUGCCUAAUUGGUCUCUACCCAUCUGUAUUUGAGCCACAGAAGGGCUUGUGUUUGGAGCAGUAUCCCGUCACCCCAAGAUACGCUUACUUUCAAAUAGCCACGGUGGUGCUGGGUUUUCUGAUGCCAUGCUCUAUACUUGGUUGCACUUCUGCCGGAAUCGGGGUCACACUACACAACUCCCCCUCCAUCUCUGAUCACGAGCGCAACAAAAUUGUGGGCACCCUAACAGUCAUCACCAUCAUCUUUAUCGUGGUCUUUGGGCCCUAUCACAUGGUGGUAGGUUAUAGAUUUGUAGCGUUGCUUCUAACUGAAGACCAGUGUACGUUAGAGCGCUCAAUCUACCUGUACUACAGAAUCUGCUACGGACUAACCAGUCUUAAUACUCUGUUAGAUCCCCUCUUUUAUAUUUUCCUUUGUCAGAAUGCUCGCCUUGAGCUCCAGAGAUCUCUCCCCUGCUCCCGUUCCCGCAGAGGUCUGAGGGUCCAUGACUUUUGACCCAGAAGAUGUGUAGUUGCCAGAGGCAGACUGGUUUCUUUGUGCAAAAGAAAAGCCUGCAGGUCCUUUAAAAGGCUUAUCAGGUGUUUUGAUUGAUGACCUGUCAGAGCUUUGAUUGCAUCUGUUGUGUUACUGGGUCCACUGGUAUGAGAGACAUACGACUGCUACGUGUCGUACAGUACAGUGAUACACAUUUCUGUGACGACAACACCUUCAGCCAACCAUGCUGGCUAUGAAACCAAACAAUAAGCCUCACGCUAGCAUGUUUGAAUUGUUAAAACGUCUUAUCCGUCCUAUUCUGUAAGAUUUAUGCUCUUAAUCAGGCAGCAUUCUACAAAUAUUAUUCAUUUUUCUGAGAUCUUUUAGAGGGCACAAACAGUACGGUUCAUAUGAACGAUAAAAGGAAAACGUGAGUGUGCUUUACUUUUCAUAGUGUUUUUUUUUUUGGAUUUCAAUACUUUUCUAUAUGUUUAAACUGAAAAAUCUUUACUAAAGUCAAAUAAAAUUAAAGAUUUUCUUUCUUAUUUUUCAAUUUUACUUAGCUUAUUCAAAUCUGGUUAAACCUGUGUUGCAUUUGUGAUGUAUUUAAGUUUGCGGUUAUUUAGCAGUAUUUAAGUUUAGCAGAUCAUGUUAGCAGUUCAUUCAUGUUAUUCAUCAUCUGGUUUGAGGUCAUCAUCAGGUUAUCAUCAUGCUUUCUUCUGCUGUCGUCAGUUACAGCUUGUGUGUUACAAGGCCGAUUCCUAUAUCUCUUACUCCUACUCAAGGACAGAUUCCUUGAGCUAAAGCUCUACAACACUAUUACUGUUACAAACGACUUAAAAAUAAAAACAUAUGUAGUCAUUUUUUUUGCACUGCCAACUGUCUGGUAAUGGUCUGUACUUAGAAAGAUGUUUACUGCAUGUUAAGGAAAAUUGACAAGUACAAGCUGUCCUCAUGCCUGAGCUUUUGACCUUUUCAUGAUUAGUUUUCCAGAUAGUAUGUUUCCACACAGCAAACCUUUUAUAGAGUUUGUUCCUUUUUUUCAAGAGCGGCUUCAGUCACUGGGUCCACUAACAAAACCUGAAGUGCUCUGAACAGUUAUAUUCUCCCUCUGCUAAUAUAAUUGAUUAAAACCACAAAGGGGCUUAAAAUAGUUUAUGAGUUUUCCAAGAAAAAAAUCUAAACCUGUCAGACAUGUGUUGUCUCAAUGGCUGGAAACAAGCCUUCAGUACAUUUCCAAGUAUAAGAUCAGAGUCAAAGACAAGUUGUGCCUUUUCUGUAUCCAGAGGCUGUUCAUCUUAAGAAAUGAAAAGAUUACAAAUCGUUCCACUGUUCUCUGUACUGUCAUAAAGAUGAUUCAAGCAGGGAUACAGAUUAAGGAGUAAUGGAUUACGUAUCCAAGUACGUAAAAGUACGAAAUACUGUCUGUGGUAUAUUUUAAACCUGGUUGUCUAAAAGGACAGACAUUAUAGUAUAUUACAUAGUUUUAUUAGCUUGUGUUGCUUUUUGGAACUGUUUUCUGAACUACUAGAGCUAGAGCACACUACAGUACAUCUAUGGACUGUCCGAAAUCAAGUUUAUCAAUGGAUUAAAAGAAUUUAUUCAUAUAUUUAAUAUUAUGUUUUGUUUUGUUUGGUUUUGUUUUGCAUAAAAUAGAAUUCUGCCUUUAUUUUUAUUUUAUUUUUUUACAUUUACAGCCCUCCUACAAACAAAAAAUGGAAAUCUGAAGCCUACAUGACAAAGUAGUUUAUUUCUUAAGUUUUAAAGGUCACCUUGAAGUAAGUUCUUUGUGUCUUCACCUGUUUCUUAUGUCACUUCUUGAAACACCCCUUCAUUUCACAAAGACAUGCAGAUGCAAAUGCAGGCAAUAAAUUAUCCCAGUUCUGUCACAGAUGAAGCUCUGUGGCCCUCUGCUGGUUUUAACCAAGAUCAAAACACAAUUAACAGCACUGGCAAUAAAGACAGCACUGAAUAGA